AUGGGCAACUUGGAGAGCUCCGAGGGGGGCCCGGGCGACCCGCCCUCCGUUCCGCUGCUGCUGCCGCCCGGCAAGAUGCCGAUGCCGGAGCCCUGUGAGCUGGAGGAGAGGUUCGCCCUGGUGCUGAGCUCCAUGAACCUGCCUCCAGACAAGGCCCGACUCCUGAGGCAAUAUGACAACGAGAAGAAGUGGGAUCUGAUCUGUGACCAGGAGCGAUUCCAGGUGAAGAAUCCUCCCCACACUUACAUCCAGAAACUCCAGAGCUUCUUGGACCCCAGUGUAACUCGCAAGAAGUUCAGGAGGAGAGUGCAGGAGUCAACCAAAGUACUGCGGGAGCUGGAGAUCUCGCUUCGUACCAACCACAUUGGGUGGGUGAGGGAGUUUCUAAAUGAUGAAAACAAAGGCCUGGAUGUCCUGGUGGAUUACCUGUCCUUUGCGCAGUGUUCCGUCAUGUUUGACUUUGAGGGUCUGGAGAGUGGUGAUGAUGGUGCAUUUGACAAGCUCCGGUCCUGGAGCAGGUCAAUCGAGGACCUGCAGCCACCCAGCGCCCUUUCGGCCCCCUUCACCAACAGCCUCGCUCGCUCUGCGCGCCAGUCUGUGCUCCGGUACAGCACUCUCCCCGGCCGCAGGGCCCUGAAGAACUCCCGCCUGGUGAGCCAGAAGGAUGACGUCCAUGUCUGUAUCCUUUGUCUCAGAGCCAUCAUGAACUACCAGUACGGCUUCAACCUGGUCAUGUCCCACCCCCACGCUGUCAAUGAGAUUGCACUUAGCCUCAACAACAAGAAUCCAAGGACCAAAGCCCUGGUGCUGGAGCUCCUGGCAGCUGUGUGUUUGGUGCGAGGAGGUCAUGAAAUCAUCCUUGCUGCCUUUGAUAAUUUCAAAGAGGUGUGUAAGGAGCUGCACCGCUUUGAGAAGCUGAUGGAGUAUUUCCGGAAUGAGGACAGCAACAUUGACUUCAUGGUGGCCUGCAUGCAGUUCAUCAACAUUGUGGUGCACUCUGUGGAGGACAUGAACUUCCGGGUCCACCUGCAGUACGAGUUCACCAAGCUGGGGCUGGAGGAGUUCCUGCAGAAGUCAAGGCACACAGAGAGUGAGAAGCUGCAGGUGCAAAUCCAGGCAUACCUCGACAACGUGUUUGAUGUAGGGGGUUUGUUGGAGGAUGCUGAGACCAAGAAUGUGGCCCUGGAAAAGGUGGAGGAGCUGGAGGAGCAUGUAUCUCAUCUCACAGAGAAGCUUCUAGACCUGGAGAAUGAGAACAUGAUGCGGGUGGCAGAGCUAGAGAAGCAGCUGCUCCAGCGGGAGAAGGAGCUGGAGAACAUCAAGGAGACAUAUGAGAACACAAGCCACCAGGUACACACCCUCCGGAGGCUCAUUAAGGAGAAGGAAGAGGCCUUCCAGCGCCGAUGCCACCUGGAACCAAGUGUCCGCGGCCUGGAGUCCAUGGGAGAGGCCCUGGCCAGAGUAGGCCCUGCAGAGCUGAGUGAAGGUGGACCACCCUCUGACAUGGACCUGCUGGCCCCUGGCACACCUGCUGAGGAGGCCCUUCCUCUGCCUCCACCCCCAGCUCCGCCCUUGCCGCCACCCCCACCGCCAUUACCAGACAAGUGUCCCCCAGCUCCACCUCUCCCAGGUGCUGCACCCUCUGUGGUCUUGACAGUGGGCUUGUCUGCCAUUCGCAUUAAGAAACCUAUCAAGACCAAGUUCCGGCUACCCGUCUUCAACUGGACAGCACUGAAACCCAAUCAGAUCAGUGGCACUGUCUUUAGUGAACUUGAUGAUGAGAAGAUUUUGGAGGACUUGGACCUGGACAAGUUUGAGGAAUUGUUUAAGACAAAAGCACAGGGCCCUGCACUUGACCUCAUCUGCUCCAAGAACAAGACAGCACAAAAGGCUGCCAGCAAAGUGACCCUAUUGGAAGCCAACCGUGCCAAGAACCUGGCCAUCACUCUUCGCAAGGCUGGCCGCUCCGCAGAGGAGAUCUGCAGGGCCAUCCACACGUUUGACCUGCAGACACUACCUGUGGACUUUGUGGAGUGCUUGAUGCGCUUCCUGCCCACAGAGGCUGAGGUGAAGCUGCUGCGGCAAUAUGAGCGUGAGCGGCAGCCCCUGGAGGAGCUGGCAGCCGAGGACCGCUUCAUGCUGCUCUUCAGCAAGGUGGAGCGGCUGACCCAGCGAAUGGCUGGCAUGGCCUUCCUGGGCAACUUUCAGGACAACCUGCAGAUGCUCACACCGCAACUCAAUGCCAUCAUCGCAGCCUCUGCCUCUGUCAAGUCCUCACAGAAGCUGAAGCAGAUGCUGGAGAUCAUACUUGCUCUGGGGAACUACAUGAACAGCAGCAAGCGAGGAGCUGUGUAUGGCUUCAAACUCCAAAGCCUGGAUCUGCUGCUGGACACAAAGUCCACUGACCGGAAGAUGACACUGCUGCAUUUCAUUGCCUUGACGGUGAAGGAAAAAUACCCAGACCUGACCAACUUCUGGCAUGAGCUACACUUCGUGGAGAAAGCUGCAGCGGUGUCCCUGGAGAAUGUGCUGCUAGAUGUGAAGGAGCUGGGCCGGGGCAUGGAGCUGAUCCGGCGGGAAUGCAGCAUUCAUGACAACAGCGUCCUUCGGAGCUUCCUCAGCACCAAUGAAGGCAAACUGGACAAGCUCCAGCGUGAUGCCAAGACAGCGGAGGAAGCCUACAAUGCAGUUGUGUGCUACUUUGGUGAGAGUCCCAAGACCACACCUCCUUCUGUAUUCUUCCCAGUAUUUGUCCGAUUCAUUCGUUCCUAUAAGGAAGCAGAACAAGAGAAUGAAGCCCGCAAGAAGCAGGAGGAGGUAAUGCGGGAGAAGCAGCUGGCUCAGGAGGCCAAGAAGCUGGAUGCCAAGACCCCAUCCCAGCGCAACAAGUGGCAACAGCAGGAGCUAAUUGCAGAGUUGAGGCGGCGCCAGGCUAAAGAGCACCGGCCUGUUUACGAGGGGAAGGAUGGUACCAUUGAAGACAUCAUCACAGGCCUGCACUGCCAGCCCAUGGUUGUUCGCCACCAGACCAGGAGUGCUGCACCACCAAGUGGCCCCCCUCGGGCCCCAGGCCCCCACUGAGACUCUUGGAGGCAGAAGUGCUUCAGCCCUCAGCCCUGCAAGUCCAGCCAGUGGACCUGAAGCCAGAGGCACAGCAGAAGCCCACGCUGUGUGCUCAGCUGUGCCACCUCAGCUCUCAGGCUGGGUCUUAGCCUGUGCCACUGUGAGCACGGGUUUAUCGGGCCCUGGCACUUUCCUUGUGCCUCCAAUACUGCACUUUGCCCCCACAGUCAGCAUCAUUUCCUGAAGGGUCACCAAGAAUCAGCUGAGGGCUUGGGAAAAACAUUUCUAGCUUUAGCCCACCCAGGGGCACCUAGGAUUCUCCUAGAGCCCAACAGAGGAGAGGAGAAAGCCUCUCUCCCUGCUUUUUCUCCCUGUCUUGUUGCAGUCUUGUGGGCAGCCCUGGUCUAGAAGUAUCCAGGCUUAAGGGGCCUGGCACCCUGCCAUCUCGGAUGUUUCUUACCAGAAGGGAGGCCCUUCUCUGCUAGGCCCAACCACCUGCACCCUUUUGAUAAGGGUAGAGGAGCACUUCCCAGCCUACUGUCCCCCUGUCUGUUCCAGCCUAGGUGGAUGCUGGCCUUACUGUGGUGGGCUGGAGAGCAAAGGCUCUCUCCACACUGGCCCCAAGACCACUACAGAAGGGCGUACCAACACUUCAGCUCCUUUCCGGAGCUAGGGGGUUUUUUGGUGGAGGGAAGGAAGCAUGAUCCUCACAGACCAUUGGUUCAGUUCCCUGCCAGUUUCUUCUCAGUCCCUGGAAGGAAAUACUGGGGCCACCUGUUUUUGUACAUGUUCCCUUUUCUCUUGUAUAUAAACCCCAUCCUUCUCUCUCUCAACAAAAGCUUGAAGCACCA